CCACUUCCUGUUGGUGAUUUCAGAGGAAUACACAGCGGGCAAAAUCACAGACAGAUUUCAUCCAAAAUGACAACAUAAGCACAGUGCUUACACCCUGAUUCUGAUCAGCAGGGUACAUCAUGCCUACCUCCCUCCUGUGGGCUGUUGAUGUUUACGGGAGAGUUUAUAGUCUGCCUAAAUCAGGCCAGCAGUGGGAGCAUUGUCGCGAUGCCCACUUGGAGUUUAAGCGUGUCACAGCCGUGCAACAGUGUGGCUGGGGCAUCGCCUGUGACCACGACAUCUACCUGAACGUCCAUGCCAGUGAUGUACCCAUUCGCUACCAAGAGGAGACAUAUGAAAACCAGAGGUGGAACCCUGUUGAUGGCUUCUCAGACCGGCUUUUGCCGAGUGACCGCUGGCAGUGGAGUGAUGUCACAGGGCUGAAGCACCAGCCUCUGGGUGGAUCACAGCUGCCCUCUGAGAACUGGGAGUGGGAAGCUGAUUGGCAUGUGGAUGAAAAUUUUGGAGGAGAGCCCACAGAGAAAGGGGGAUGGAUAUAUGCCAUCGAUUUUCCAGCCGCAUAUACAAAAGACAAAAAGUGGAACUCUUGCGUACGUCGCCGCAGAUGGAUACGAUACAGAAGGUACAAAGCACAGGACAGCUGGGUCAAGAUCCCCUCAGAGCAGACUGGAUCUCUCCCUGACCCGUUUAGUGACAUCACUUGUGGUGGAUGGGAGAUCACUGAGGAACCCAGAGGGUGUUUGGCACUGUGGGCUGUCUCUCUGCAGGGAAAGGUGUGGUUUCGCAGUGGCAUCAACCACUAUAAUCCUGAGGGCUCAGUUUGGGAGGAGGUGUCUGUGCCAGGGGAGGUGGUGCAGAUCAGCUGUGGGCCGGGGGAUCUGCUGUGGGCCGUCCUAUGGGAGGGUCAUCUGUUGGUCAGAGAGGGCAUUGGCAGAGACUGUCUCAAAGGCUCAUCAUGGGUCACAGUGGAGUCGCCAAGCCCUGGAGUUGGUGCAGUACAUGUAGCUGUUGGUGUAAAUGUAGUGUGGGCAGUUACUAAAGAUUAUAAAGUCUGGUUUAGACGGGGUGUGAAUUCCCAUAAUCCGUGUGGCUCAGGUUGGAUCUGUAUGGUUGGACAGAUGGUGAUGAUCGACGUGGGUCUCAAUGACCAGGUGUGGGGUAUUGGUUUUGAAGACCGGGCGGUAUAUUUCCGUCAGGGUGUGACUGCCAGCGAGCUGAGUGGGAAGGCUUGGAAGGUUGUGUCAGUGCCACGAGACAGUGACCGUUCCCACUCCAGCGCCAGUGUCAGCAGUCUUCAGAGUGCUGGUUGUUUCUUUGGUGGUGAGGUGCGUCUGCAGUCCCAGGCUUCUGUGUUGAGUGAUGUGGAUCCUGGCACUGAAAGAGCUGCAGGAGAAGUUCUCCCCACUCCUGAGACUGGAGAUGCCCCUAAACCACGCAUUCCCAAAGUGACCAGUGACAGCUUCAUCUCUGAACUGGUGUCUGAUCGUGAAGGCCAGAUCAGUCGACGUGACGUGCCCUCAACAGCAGCAGCUGGCCCAUCUAUCCCUGAGGAGGAGCAAGCAGAAGGGGAAGUGGAGGACGGGGCUUCCCCUACCCAGGUUCUGUCUCCCAGCCAUUCAUGUGGGCUGGACCCUCAAUGGAGCAAUGUGGACCUGGAGGAGGCCCAGAAUCACCUGGCUUCAGGACCUGGGAGAGACACUGCUGAUACCUGCAGUCUGUCCUCUGUAGCCACCUAUAAUUUGGCUCUGGAGGAGCCUUAUGGAGCUGAUGAGCAUCCAAAAUGGGCCUGGGUGAGCGGCGGAGGAUGUGCAGUCGACUGCCACUCACAGCUAAACUGGUUCAACUCUACAUCCACAGCCCUGAACUGUUCUAUGCAGGCCAUGUCUCUUUCGAUUACUCCAGCACAAACAGCAGCCUGGCGCAAACAGAUAUUUGAGCAGCUCAACGAACGGUCCAAAAGAGAAAUGGAGAAUUUUGUGCAUUAUGAGCAGGCCAUUGAACAGUCUGUGUGGGUGAAAAAGGGCACCAUGCAGUGGUGGCGAGACUGGAAGCCACAUAAGUGGAUGGAUGUUCAGUUUGCGCUGGAGCAGUUCUCAGGAGCAGAAGGCAACAAGGAUGGAAUUCUGUUUAUCUACUACACCUUUAAUGAUGAGAAAAAGUAUCUCCAUGUAUUCAUUAACGAAGUGACAAUCCUGGUGCCAGUGCUGAAUGACUCCAAAAACACGUUUGCCAUCUAUACAGCAGAGAGAACCCAACAGAGGUGGCCCAUCCGUCUGGCUGCGGCCACAGAGCUGGAGAUGCACGAUUGGCUAGCUCUGCUCAGUGUGUCCUGCUGUGAUUCCAGAGGUAUUCAGGGCGCUCCCUCCAAACAGGCCAUCUGGUCUGUCACCUGUAAAGGUGACAUCUUUGUAAGCGAGCCCACAAAAGAACUAGAGGCAUCUCUCUAUCCUACACCCUGUGAUCAGAUGUUCUGGCGUCAAGUCGGCGGGCAUAUGCGUAUUAUUGAGUCCAACAGUCUUGGUGUGGUGUGGGGGAUCGGUUAUGACCACACCGCCUGGGUCCAUACCGGAGGCUAUGGAGGAGGGUUCAUUCAGGGGUUGGCAAGCAGCACAGAUAACAUCUACACACAGACUGAUGUGAAGAGUGUUUAUAUAUAUGAGAACCAGCGCUGGAACCCUGUCACUGGUUACACCAACAGGGGUCUCCCUACAGAUCGUUACAUGUGGAGCGAUGCCUCAGGUCUGAAGGAGUGCAACAAAACCAACACUAAACCACCCUCCCCAAACUGGACUUGGAUGUCAGACUGGACUAUCGACUAUGCUGUGCCAGGAGGGACAGACAGAGAGGGCUGGCAGUAUGCAGCUGACUUUCCUGUGUCAUACCAUGGAAAUAAAACUUUGAAGGACUUUGUCCGGCGCAGGCGUUGGGCCAGAAAGUGUAAACUCACAACAACUGGCCCCUGGCAGGAAGUCCCACCUAUACCUUUGAGUGAUGUAACAAUUCUACCUUGUGGGCCAAAGAGCACAGUAGAACAGGUACCACUGUGGGCCAUUAGCAACAAGGGAGAUGUCUUGUGUCGUCUGGGUGUCACCUCCCUGACCCCUGCGGGGUCGUCAUGGUUACACGUGGGAACUGACCAGACUUUCAAGUCGAUUUCCAUUGGUGCCGUCCACCAGGUUUGGGCCAUCGCCAAGGAUGGUUCUGCUUUCUAUAGGGGCUCCGUGUCGGCCCAGAACCCAGCAGGAGAUUGUUGGUACCACAUCCCCUCUCCAACCGGACAGAAGCUCAAACAGGUGUCUGUGGGCAGGACAUCUGUUUACACAGUGGAUGAAAAUGGUAACCUCUGGUACAGACAAGGUGUGACCCCCAGUUACCCUCAGGGCUCAUCAUGGGAGCACAUCUCCAAUAAUGUGCGCAAAGUAUCUGUGGGGCCUCUGGACCAGGUGUGGAUCAUUGCAGAUAAGGUGCAGGGUAGUCACAGUUUGAGCUGUGGAACUGUAUGUCGCCGGCUGGGGUUACUGCCUAUGGAACCUAAAGGCCACUCAUGGGACUAUGGCAUUGGGGGUGGAUGGGAUCACAUAACAGUGAGGGGGAAUGCCAUGGAGGCGCCUCGCAUCCAAAUGCCGUCCCUAACUGACAGCAGCGGCAAACAAACAGCAGCACACAAUCCACUGCAAACUAAUAACCAGCCAGAGAUGAAUGGAAAUCCAGUAGGCUGUUAGUGAAACAUCUGAGCUCAUUAUUACUGUAGCCAUGAAUUGUUCUCUUCCCAUUUGUAGCACUUCUCUUCACUCCAACUUGAAAAAAUCGUUCAACUAGAGCUCCUGUGUGUGCAAAUUGCUGUUUUUAUUUGUACCGGAGCUGAACUCACAUUCUCCAGUUAGCUUAUGUGUUCUUGUUAACUUAAAAUACAUUUCUUCUUGUUUUGAGUGCUCUUGUGGAUAAUGAGGCCACUUCUAGCAAGCCCACUUUUCGUCAUUAUGUUUUUACAUGGUACUUUUGGAUAGAAAAUCUUAAUUUAAUUGUUGCUUAUUUAUAUGUCUGUGGUCAUAUUAGGAUGUGCACAUUUUCUUUUUUGAUUCUUUAUUGGAAUCCAGGGGCAUUAAGUACAAAAAAAUUCACAAUUCACAGUAUAGCUUCUGAAGGUACUCGCAUUUUGUCAUUAACAUCACAAACAAAACAACUUUACACAAACAAGUUUCUGGAGUUUGCAGGUUGGCUCAAUGUCAUUAAACAUCAGUUGAAGUGUAAAAGAAAAUAAUGGUAACACAUUACAAUAAGGUUUCAUUUGUUAACAUUAGUUAAUGCUUUAAGUAUCAUGAACUAACAAGAAACAAUAUUUUUAAACAGCAUUUAUUUGGUUUAUGUUACUUAAUAAAAACUCAAGGGUUCAUUGUUAUUUAAUAUUGCAUUAAUUAAUGUUAACAUAUACGAUUUUUAAUUUUUUAAAAUGUAGAAGUAAAUGUUGAUAUUAACACUAUCAUGUUAACAAAUGGAACCUUAUUCCAAAAUAUUACCAAAAUAAUAUAUGCUAUUAACGUGUUAAAAUAAGGAGUGUGCAAGACACAAACUGUCUGUAAUAACACUCUUAAUUAUCUGCUUGUAACAGGUUGUUGAUUAUUUCCAAACCUUACUCAAAACUGACAUCGCACAGUGACACUGUGUAAAAAUAGGAAAUACCUAGCUCUUGUUGUUGGCAAAAGCAGAAAGUGAAAGAUUUUAUGUUUUGCACUUGACAAUGCGAAGACAGUGUUUCUUUUCUCAGGAUGUCAGGAUAUGGAUUUUCUCAUAAGUGUAUAUGGCGUAAUUAUGUUAAAAGGCAGCACAAAUUUCAGAGUAACAGUAUUUAUACUAAAUCUUUCAAAAUUGUUUUUAUCGCAAUGAAUAAUCAGUUUUUUCUUAUUCUACAAAGUUAUGUUGUAAAUGUUGUUGUAUACAUUUGGAUUAUAUGUGUUCCAACAAUGGAAGCUAAAGUGUAAAAAUCUAUUGUGUAGGGUGUUAUUUAAGGCUACUGCUGUACUUAUAAAUAAAAAGUUCUUAAAGGGAUAGUUCACCCAAAAAUGAAAAUUCUCUCAUCAUUUACUCACCCUCAUGCCAUCCCAGAUGUGUAUAAAUUUCUUUCUUCCGCAGAACACGAAGAGCUGAAAUAUUCUUCUAAAAAUCUUAAUUUUAGUUCAGCUGAAGAGAGAUAGUCAUACACAUCUGGGAUGUCAUGAGGGUGACUAAAUGAGAGAAUUUUCAUUUUUGGGUGAAUUAUCCCUUUAACAUAUAUCGGCACAAAAGAGCAAGAGAGAAAAUUAUACGGAUCUGUUAACAUGUUAAUGUAAAGAUGAUCUACAUCUGAUGAUUCUAGAAAUGUGCCCCUUGUGUAGACUUCCCAAACCCAAUGCAGUUGUGUUUAUGUCUACAGGGUUUUAUCAGUGUAAAAAGAAAAGGACAUUAUUGUUUUAAAUAAUUAAGUGUAGACAAAUAGUUUCAAUGAUGAAAAAUUAUUUGAGUGCUGUAAACUCCUCUCAGUGUCAUAGUGUGCAUGGUUUAUGUUCUCUCUCAAUAAAUAAAAAAUUUGCUCCACAAUUUUGCCUUUUAGAAUUUCUGGAUAUCAAAAUGAAGUUACCAUACAAAGAGCCCUCUAUUCUCUUCUCUUCAAAUGACCCAUAUCCACAUGGUAACUGGCUACGAAUUUUGAUUUGAGGAUGACAAAUAACAUCCACAUUAUUUGUGUACAUAGAUAUGCAUGAUUGUAUGCAUUUAAAAAGUUGUUUUUUCCAUCAAAGCAUGUGUAAAGACCAGAUUUUGCAUGUAAACUCAGUUAUACAGGAAUGUUUAUACAAACUG